UGGCAAAAGUCAAAAAUCAGUGUGUUGGCUAGAUUUUAGGAUUUUUAGGCAAUUAUUCAUUUUUAUAUCACGUAAUUAGUUUAUUAUAAUGCGACCUGAAUUAUACAUGUAACAAUGAAAGUAGUUAAAAUAUAUUAAUCAAGUAUAACAUACGUAUAGGUAUUGAAAUCGUUUUUUUUUGUCGAGUGUAUUUGAGGCUGAGGCGGUCAUGAAAUUGCAUUGUUGAAGCGAAAUUUUGUAUGGAAACCGUAAAAAUGGAGCUCAGGGAAGACGGUGAUGGGGCUGCCGCUGGUGAAUAUGACCGCGCGCCCAAAAAAUACAGCUGGGCAGAGGUCCGUCAGGCUGUGCACGAUUUACGAAAGGAAUUAUCUUCUUUGUCGACUAUGGUACCAAUGGCAAUUUCGUUCAGAAAGCUCGGGAAUGGAAAAACGAGGGUGUACUUCUUGAGAACUCCCCAGAACGGGUGGGAGAUCACGCUCCUCUACACCGACGUUACGCCAUCACAGCAACCUAGUAAUUCAAGAUUAGAUUGGAAGCCCCUCAUCGAAUCGAACGUAGCAUUGGGUGUGUCAUCAGGAAAGUGGUCCCGGGAAGAGCAGCUGCUAUGGGAACGCCAGAGGGUCGCAGCUUGGGGCAUAGCGUCGUAUGAACUGCACCCGAAGACGGGGCGCGUGCUGUUCCCAUGCGCUUCCUCGCUCUUUGUGGCGGAGGAGGGCCCUAAUCAGUCACCGCCCUUGGUGCCCCGGUCCCUCAGCACGGGCUGGGGUGCUCCGCUGACGCCCGCCAUGUGCCCAUCACUGCCCUCGCUGGUAGCGCACGCGGCCCGGGGGGACGUGUGGCUCGCGGGGGACACUCUGCGGAGGCCUGCCAGACUCACAUACGCUUGCAAAGGGCGCGACGAGCGAUUAGCGGACGAUCCUCGCCAAGCGGGAGUGCCCUGCUACGUCACUCAGGAGGAAUUCUCCCGGUACACCGGCAUUUGGUGGCAGCCCAAGUGUGACGAUGACGUAUUUAGGAUAGUCUACGAGGAGGUGGACGAGAGCGAAGUGAAAAUAUUCAGCUUCCCUUCUUCACAGAGCUCCAGCGGGGAAGUUGAAGAAUUUAGGUUUCCCCGGGCCGGUACUCCGAACGCGAAGUCGAUACUCAAAAUGGUGACGUUCAGGCUACAGAAAGCCACGCCCACUACCGUGCUGGAUUACUACCAGGAGGGCAACUCAGAACGAAUAGUUUCAGAUUCAAGCAGCGACUCCAUGGAGGUAACGGAUAUCCGGUGGUACGACCUGCGCCAGUCGCUCAAGGAGACCUUCCCAUGGCUGGAGUAUUUGGCCAGGGUUGGCUGGACGCCUUGCAGUCAAUACGUGUGGGUUCAGAUGCUGGACCGGAAGCAACAGCAUCUUGAGCUCGCGUUGGUGCCCGUGAGCGAGUUCAGCUCCCGCGCGAGCUACGACAACGCGCCCGCGGACAUGAACCCCGCAGACACCCAGGAGCCGGUGUGCGUGAAUAAUACUCAGCAAAUCCAAGUUCUGAUAACGGAGACAGCGUCCGACGCCUGGGUGAACGUGCACGAUAUCCUCCAUUUUCUACCUUCCUCCCCCGGUACCGUCAAGUUCAUAUGGGCGUCCGAGGAGACUGGCCACCUACAUCUGUACCUCGUAACAUGCUCUGUGCCCGGGAAGAGAGCGGAAUCCUUAAUAGAUAUGUUAACGGAAGACGAGUCCAACGCGAUAGGUCCCAGUAUAGUAAGUAAAGAAGCAAUCACAACGGGAGAGUGGGAGGUCAUGGGAAGGAAGAUUUGGGUGGACGAAUCCAGAGGCCUAGUUUACUUCGUAGGGCUCCGGGAGACGCCCCUGGAGCGCCAUCUGUACGUAGCGCCGUUCAACCCACCGAGGCCGCACCAAGUGACACUCCUUUCGACGGUGGGACACUCCCAUACCGUGGAUAUGGAUGAGGAAUGCUCUAUGGCGGUUAUUACGUCAUCAAACAUCAGCAGCGUACCGAACACACGGGUGUACCGAGUCACCCACGGACCCAGUACGGUGCUGCUACCUCACGGGAGCCUAGUCGAAAGGGCGUGUUCAGAGACGUCGGACACGCGCUCGUUCAACGGCUCGUGGGACAGCAGGUCGUGCGACGGCGACGACGACAGCGAAGUUUCAUUACUUGUGAGGGAACGUUCCCUGAGCGGCGUAGACGUGCCACCACCUCAGAUCCUGUCGACGCGACUGUCGUGCGGUCUCAUGGCGUACUGUACGCUAUGGCGGUGCGCAGGCGCUGGGCGACGCCCCACCGUACUGCAUGUGUAUGGCGGGCCGGAGGUGCAGACAGUUACUAACAGCUACAAGGGUAUACGACAACUCCGAAUGCAUAUGCUGGCCGCGAGGGGUUUCAACGUGGUCUCGGUGGACUCCAGGGGGUCGAAGCACAGAGGCAGGGCGUGGGAGGCCGCCAUCAAAGGGAAGAUGGGCCAGGUCGAGUUGGAUGACCAGGUAGAAGUAUUACAGUGGCUGGCGAAAGAGACCGGUUGUAUCGAUAUGGAGCGAGUCGCCAUACAUGGCUGGAGCUACGGCGGCUACCUCUCGCUCCUAGGUUUAGCGACUCGACCCAACAUCUUCAAAGUGUGCGUGGCGGGCGCGCCGGUGACGUGCUGGCGACUCUACGACACCGCGUACACGGAGCGGUACAUGGGUCUACCUGCUUGGGGCCCGCAUGCGUACAGCAGGGCGAGCGUGCUCGCGCAUGCGCCCUUCUUCCCGGACAAGGAAGGCAGACUACUAAUAAUUCACGGUUUAGCGGAUGAAAACGUACACUUCUGUCAUACCGCGGCGUUGCUCUCCGAACUUGUGCGUUUGGGUAAACCGCAUCGCGUUCAGGUAUACCCAGGAGAGAGGCAUUCUUUAAGGGCGAUGCACGCAGCGAAACAUUAUGAGGCGACCCUACUUCACUUCUUACACGAAAAUCUUUGAACCUAACACACUAUAAUAACACUUGACUAUUUGGCCUAUUGUGCUAUGGCAAUUGUGUUUGACAGUCCAUCAAUGACGUCAUAACAACUCAUUAGAAGCCCACUACAGGGCACGGGCAGCAAGGGUUCAGAUCGUAGCCCACCACGCUAGCAAAGUGCGGAUUGGUGGACAUCAC